AUGGGUGAAAGCUUCAGGAUGAGAAAAGGUCUGUAUCUUUUGUUCUUACUAUCUGUGUCUGGAGUGGUGUGCAUUUCAAUUCGCUAUUCUUUGCCUGAAGAGAAGAAAAUUGGCUCUCUGGUGGCUAAUGUACUGCAGGAUUUGAAACAGGGACAAAGAGAGCUCUCCGCUCGCAGACCCCAGCUGGUUUCCAAAAGUAACAAGCGAUAUUUCCAGCUGGAUCCCCACUCUGGGAAUGUGAUUGUAAAUGAAAAAAUAGACCGAGAGACUUUGUGUGAUGAGAUGGAACCUUGCUUACUGUUGUUUGAAAUUGUGCUCCAAAGCCCCUUAAAGAUCUACAGUAUUGAGGUGCAGAUAGAAGAUGUGAAUGACAACUCUCCUGAAUUCUCCAAAAAUGAAUUUGAACUAGCAGUUCCUGAGAACGUUCCAACAAAUACUCGAUUCCCCUUGGAAGCUGCCCAGGAUGCAGACUUGGGUGAAAACAGUGUCCAGAACUACACACUCAGUCCCAAUGAAAAUUUUCACCUGGAAUUACAAAGGGACAGCAGUGGCAAGAAAUAUUUGGACCUUGUUCUGAAGAAACCACUAGACAGGGAGAAGGAGACUCAAUUUGGGCUGACACUCACAGCCGUGGAUGGAGGGGUGCCACAGAGAACGGGCACAGUUCAAAUACACAUUAAUGUUCUGGACAACAAUGACAACUUCCCUGAAUUCACACAAUCUGAAUAUAAAGUGAAGUUAAAGGAAAACAGCCCUGAAGGUACUCUGGUGUCUAAAGUGGAAGCCAGAGAUGUGGAUUUUGGUUCAAAUGCAGAGAUCUCCUAUUCAUUCCAUCGGGUGCCUGAGAAAAUACGUCACUUGUUCCAGUUGCAUCAGACAACUGGGGAAAUCACUGUUUUGGGUCCCAUUGACUAUGAAAGAGAAAGCAGCUAUGACAUAAGCAUCAAGGCAACAGACGGAGGAGGUCUUUCAGGCCACUGCAAGGUCCUGGUGGAGAUUGAGGAUGAGAACGACAACGCCCCGGAGAUAUCGGUCGUUUCCAUCACCAGCCCUUUAGCAGAGGAUUCUCCCCUCGAUACGCUGGUUGUGCUCUUCAGCGUCACAGAUCGGGACUCUGGAGACAACGGCAGGACCUCCUGCUCUGUGGAGAUGCACUUGCCCUUCCUGUUAAAAACCACUGUGAACAAUUAUUACCAGCUGGUGACCCAAAGGCCCCUGGACCGAGAGAAAGACCCCGAGUAUAACAUCACCAUCACAGCUACUGACCGGGGCUCUCCCAGGCUCACCUCCAAAAGAGCAAUUGGGGUUCUAAUCUCAGACAUCAACGACAACCCUCCAGAGUUUGAGAAGUCAAAGUACGAAAUGCAGUUGUGGGAAAACAACAUUCCAGGGCUGCUGAUGGGUUCGGUCCGUGCUGUUGACCUGGACGUGGAGGAGAAUGCCAAAGUGACCUAUUCCCUUCUGCCCAGUAAUGCCAGUGGGGGUCCUGUGGCCUCUUACAUGUCCAUCAACUCUGAAACUGGGAAUCUGUACAUCCUGCGAUCUCUGGACUAUGAGCAGAUCAAGGAUUUCCAUGUGACGGUGCGGGCUUCAGACGGGGGUUCUCCUCCCCUGAGCUCGGAGGCUGUUGUCCGAGUUUCCGUCCUCGAUGAGAAUGACAAUGCCCCCUUCUUCCUCUACCCCCUUCAGAACAACACCUCCUCCUACAACGACCUGGUUCCCAAGUCCGUGGAAGCUGGUUACCUGGUCGCCAAGGUGGUGGCUGUGGAUGGGGAUUCGGGCCAAAACUCUUGGCUUUCCUAUGAGCUGCUGAAGGCCACAGACCCCAGCCUUUUCAGCCUAGGAGCACAGAACGGAGAGGUGAGGACCAGGAGAGCGCUGACCGAGCGGGAUACAAACAAGCAGAGACUUAUUAUCCAGGUGAGAGACAACGGCCACCCUCCCCAGACUAGCACUGCAACGCUGAAUAUACUUCCGGUGGAUGGCUUUUCAGAUCCUUAUAUGAACAUUGCUAGUGUCAGUCAUGAAGUAAUUGAAGAAGAAGAUGGCUCCUUGACUAUGUAUCUGGUGGUCUGCUUGGCUGCAGUCUCCUUUGUGUUCCUGAUUUGCAUUAUUUUGUUUGUUGUCAUCAAAAUGCACAAGAAGGAGUCUAGUUUUGUCACUGCCCUUCCUCACUUCCCACCUACCUUACCUGAGAUCCCAGAAACCGGCAUUGAUUCUCAGAGUGGAUCACUUUCCCGGACUUACCAGUAUGACGUUUGCUUAACCGGCGGAUCCUUAAGCAGCGAGUUCAGAUUCCUCAGGCCUCUCAUUCCUGUUUUCUCUGUGGGGGACCCAAAGGUCUCUGAGAAUCACAGGAUUUCUUCCGGCUCUCAAGUUAUUCCUGAUCAGACAGAAGGCAGAAUACCAAGAGAACAGCAGCUCCUUUCUUACUUAGAUGAUCUUUUCCCCACUAAGAUUGUUAGUGGAGCAACUGCUGUGACUUCCCAGUUGGGCUCAGUGGAUCAGCAGGAUUAUGUCCUAGCUGCUUUGAGUGUCAAGCAAGAAUACUUUGGCCUGAGUUUUCCCUUCCAGUCCUAG